AGAUAAGAUAGCGAAAAUCCCACAAAGCUAUAUUUUCUUACUCUAGCCACAUCACUGUCACCAUUUCUGGAUUAAUAUGGCUGGAAACACUCCUUUUUACUGGACCAACUCCUGCGUUGCUGACAAAACCGUCCCGCCCAUGGCCGUCCCGAUGGGUUUCGAUCACCAAGGUCACCCCAUUUACGUUGGACGAGCCCAUUUUAAUAACGAACUGACCCCCGCCCACGUCGUUCCAGCAAAACGACUCGCCUAUGUGCCUCACAAUGGUAAAGAACAUUGCGUGGAGAAUUAUCAACUGUUAUGUAUAAAUCUAAAAUGGGUGUCAGCUCAUGGGGGAAAAGUACCUCCAGGGGCGGUACAAGCUGGGCACAAUAAGGAUGGGUCGCCGUUGUAUGUAGGCAGAGUGUGCCACGGUGGGUCCUGGAUUAUCGGAAAGAUACAUCCGAAGUUUUCUGUUUGUUACUUUCCUUGCCAGGGUAAAGAGUUGACGGCCAAUAGUUACGAGGCCUUAGUGUGUCAAAUGUGUUUUAAGACCAUAAAACAAGCGGCUAAUAAAAUUCUUCAAAGGAAUGACACAAGUGCUAACAUUUCCGAAUUAAUAUGGCUGGAAAAAGCAACUCCGUAUCACUGGGUCAAUUCCUGCGUUUGUGAAGAAAAUGUCCCUCCCAUGGCCGUCCAGAUGGGUUUCGACACCCAGAACCACCCUGUCUACAUAGGCCGGGCACACUUUGGCAACGAAUUGGCCCCAGUGCACGUCGUUCCGGCCAAACGAGCCGCUUAUGUCGCCCACGAUGGGAAAGAACAUCCCGUGCAGAAUUAUGAAAUUUUGUGUAUCAAUUAUCUGAAAUGGGUGCCAGCGAGAGGUGGCCAUGUACCCGCAGGGGCGGUACAAGCCGGGCAUAAUAAGGACGGUGCACCCUUAUAUGUGGGAAGAGUGUCCCAUGAUGGGUCUUGGAUUAUUGGAAAGAUACAUCCGAAGUUUGGUGUUUGCUAUUUUCCUAGCCAUGGUAAGGAGGUAAAGGCGACGAAUUACGAGGCUUUGGUUUGUCAAGUGUAAAUGUGCUUGUAACGAACUUUUAAAUUUAUAAUAUAUGUACUUAUUCUGAGACUAAA